UUGUCUAUAUUAACACUUGUGUGCCUCUCUUCUCUUCUCCCCUCAGUAUCUUUUCCCCAAUUGCCGAGCACACCAAAAGCCUGGAAGAGACAUGGCAAUGGCUAUGGCCGCUGUCCUCCUCCUCUUCGUCCUUGUCGCUCCCACCGUACACUCCCUACAGUACGAUGUUACGUGGAACUUGGGGAUUAAUUAUAACAGUUGGGCCGCUGGUAAAACAUUCACUGUCGGCGACACCCUAGUCUUCACUUACACUUUGGAGCAUUCGGUGGACGUAGUAGAUGGAAGUGACUACGCCAGCUGCAAUACCGGAAAUCCCCUCAAUUCCUACACCGGCGGACUAACCACCAUUACCCUCACCACGCCCGGCUCAAUCUACUUCAUCUGCCCCACGGAGGGCCACUGCCAGGCUGGCAUGAAGCUUGGCAUCACCGUCGCGGCGGCGGCCUCACCCACCACCCCGACGUCACCACCCCCCUCCUCAACCACCACCCCGACGUCACCGCCCCCCGCCUCGACCACCACCCCGACAUCACCACCCCCCGCCUCGACCACCGCCCCGACAUCACCGCCCCCCGCCUCAGCCACCACCCCGACGUCGACACCAUCCCCCUCCCCUUCCGUUUCACCAUCACCGGCCGUCACGUCACCAUCGCGUUCGCCCUCCUCCGGUCCAUCGCCGACGACCAGCACUUCUCCGGUCGUCACCACCGCCCCAAGCUCACCGAAGUCGUCGAGUGGGGCGGGGAGCAUGUUUGGAGAUAUGAAUCAUUUGGUAAUAAUUGGGUUUUCGGUUGUUGUGGCAGGUUUGGCUGGGUUCUUGGUCUAGGGAAGAGGCAGUGCUAUCUUGUGUUUUUUUUUUUUUUUUUAAUCAAAAAAAGAAAAUCUUGGUGUUUUUUUUUUUUUUUUUUCCUUCCUUUUUUCUUUGGUUGGAAUUUAAUGUAUCAACUAUGAGCUUGUAGGUACAGGUUUAUGUUGAUAUGAUUUUCAUGAAUAAAAAUGGUCAUUAAUAGAGUUGUUAAUUUCAUUUGAUUGAUCA